GAACUCGGAUCGCUUCGAGACGAUCUCGAGAGGGAGAAAUCGGACGCUGAAACGAAACUUGCAACGGCAAAGGCGAGCCACUCGGACGAGAUUGAAAAUCUUCGAACGCAGAUAUCUUUCCUUAAAGAAAAGGAAUCAAAACUGAGAAGAGACACUGGUAAGUUGCAUGCGGCCCUAAAGGAACGGGAAGAGAAUUAUCUCGAUCGGAUAGCUAAACUGCAAUCCGAUAAGAUUUCGCGAUCGGCCGAAGCGGAAGAGGCUCUUGACGAGUGCGCGUCCCUCUCGGAGAAACUGAAGCUCGCGACCGAUUCCGAACGUCGGUCGAAGGAGGACCUUGAUAGGUGUCAAGCCGAGAAGAGGUCGUGGCAAGCGACGGCCGAACGACGUUCGGCAGAUCUCGACAAGCUUCGCGACCUGCUGAAUACAUCCGAGAGAGAACGCGCAAAUCUUGAGUCCCAACUUUCGAACGUGGACAAGAAUGCAACGGAUUCGAAAGAAACGAAUUCGUUGAAGCGGGAGCUGGAAAGACAUCGACAGGAGAUCCGACAACUCGAACGACUUCUGAGCGACGUUAAGAGGGAGAAGUCGGGUGAAUCCAACGAAAGAAUGAUUUCGGAACUAAGUAAAGAACUUAUACACAUCUAG